AUUAUUGUAAAUACAUUUUGAAAUGGAUACAAUGUUAAGAAUGCAAUUGUAAAUAUGACCACCAGAUGACGCAGUGAACGCGGAAAUAUAAACAGCUUUUCUGUUCAAAAUGCAACGUUCGCAUUUCCGUAUUAACGGAUCGGUGUUUCAGGGUAUAUUAAUUAAUUGAAUAAUUUAGAAAUCAAAAACUGUAUAUCUUAUAUUCGUCACAGGAACUUUUAACGUCAUGAUGGCGCAUAAAAAAAAAAAACACACACACACACGUAUGUUAAUGUUUUGAAGUUGACCAAUAGCAAUAAAUACGUAUUUAUAAUUAAAUAAAUGCACUGUGCAUUAAGUUCGUAAAACUAUUUAGCCUAAAAUUUCUCCGGAAGUUGAAAGCGAAUGUUUCCGGAACACGUGGCCGCUCCUGUAACAGCUGGUCAGCGACAGGAGGGAGUGAAAGCAAAGAUGAUUUCCCUCACAGACUCCCAGAAAAUUGGAGUGGGGCUAACAGGAUUUGGUGUAUUUUUUCUGUUCUUUGGGAUGAUCCUCUUUUUUGAUAAAGCCCUCCUUGCUAUAGGAAAUAUCCUUUUCGUUGUUGGCCUGUCAUUCGUUAUCGGUUUGGAGAGGACGUUUAGGUUCUUCUUUCAGAAGCACAAGAUGAAAGCCACCAGCUUCUUCGUAGGGGGCGUCUUUGUGGUGCUGAUUGGAUGGCCCAUAGUCGGAGUGAUUCUAGAGUUUUAUGGCUUCUUCCUUUUAUUCAGGGGAUUCUUUCCAGUUGUAAUAGGCUUCAUCAGGAGGAUUCCUUUGCUUGGAUAUUUGCUGAAUCUUCCUUUCAUUGGUGGGCCCUCCUAAGGCUGAGAAGACAUUCAGCCAUCUUGUUUGUGGACUCCAUGAGUGAAAGCAGCAACAUGGUUUAACAGAGACUGAUUUUUAAAAAACUCUUAUUUAUUAUGUAUUUUCUAAAGCUUUACCCUAAAACAGCCAUGUGAAAUCAAGAGAAGUCAUAUUACUGAAGCUUUAUAUUCAGACAUGUUUCCAUUGUACGGAGGACGUCUGAGUGUGCACAAUAUUUACGGCAAUGAGAAGCGAACUGUGCAGCAUGGAAAAGAAGCAAUCUACAGAGCUGCGUCGCUGGACCCAGCGUCCUUCCACAAUGUGUAUACUUCAUGAAUGCAUACUUCUUGAAGAAGUCAGCAGAGGUCAUCCCAUGAGGGACGGUUUGUUGAAUGUGUAGAAGAGUUACAAAAUGGCCUUGUUACAGUGUUGUAUCUAUGGUGCUAUUUUAAAGAGCCAGGAUAGCUGGAUGACUAUUCAUUUCUCGUUUUUGAAACACAAAGUGCGAUAUUUUCACUCUUGUAAAAUCAGCUGUUACUUUACUAAUUCUUACUUCUUACUAAAAAAAAAUGUUGCCAUCA